AAAAGAGAAAAAAAGAACAAGAGUGUUAUUUGCAUGUGCUCUGUAUUUCCCCUGUAUUUUAACUUCACAAAGCCCUUCAAAUACCUUCAUCGAUUCACUUUCUCUCACUUCUCUCUUCUUCCUUUCUUUCCAAACUCAAAAACACAAACAAAUAUCUCUCUCUCUCUCACUCACAAAACUAACAUGUCAACUCCUUCACCAUCUUCUUCUUCUUCUUCAAUUUGGAUUCUGUCUAACAUCAAGCUUCAAUUCUUCACUCGUAUCAAACGUUUUCUCCAAUCCAAAGCAACCCGAAAGCGCUGCGACGUCUCCGAACAGCCUCACAAAGUUGAACAAAUUUCAACACUUCAAGUUGCUGACAACCAUGUUCAGGAUGAGGAGAUGGAGGAGGCGGAGGAAAGUGAAAUUCUGCUGCAAAAGACCGUCAAAAUGCUUCACUUUGGAACCUGGGAAGAGAAAGAGGUUGCUGCAAAAGAGAUUGAAACUUUAGUUAAACAAGAUGUCAAAGUUAGAAAGUUGAUAACAGAACUUGGGGUCGUGCCGGUUUUGGUAUCCAUGGUGGCGUCCACGGUGGUUAGUCGCCGGAGAGCAGGGCUGUCGGCGUUGAUCUACCUUGCCGAUGGAACUUACACGAACAAAGCUAUGAUAGUGGAGGCAGGAAUAUUAUCCAAACUACCUAAGACAAUUGACCUUAUAGAUGAGUCAACCAUGAAUGAGUUUGCAGAGUUAGUUCUAUCAUUAUCAUCACUUGCAAACACACAAUUCCCCUUUCCUUCAUUAGAUUUUGUACCAUUUCUCAAAGACAUUCUUAAAAAAGACACAAAUGUUGACACCAAAAGAUCAUGUUUAGGAGCCUUAUACAACAUAUCAACCAUGCUGGAAAAUGCAAGCACUUUGGUUUCUUAUGGUCUUGUCCCAAUUUUAUUGGAACUUUCUUUAGUGAAAGAAAUUUCAGAAAAAGCACUUGCUACUUUAGGUAACUUGUUGGUUACUCUAAUGGGAAAAAAGGAAAUGGAGAAAAGUUCAAUGGUGCCACAAAAUUUUGUUGAGGUUUUGUCAUGGGAAGACAAACCAAAAUGUCAAGAGUUGUCGGUUUAUAUUUUGAUGAUUUUGGCACAUCAAAGUUUGGAUCAAAGAGAGAAAAUGGCACAAGCUAGGAUUGUUCCUAUGCUUCUUGAAGUUGUUUUGUUGGGGAGUCCUUUAGCUCAAAAGAGAGCUAUGAAACUAUUGCAAUGGUUUAAGAAUGAGAGGCAAGUUAAGAUGGGGCCACAUUCUGGUCCACAAACACCAAGAUUUGCAAUGGGGUCACCUUUGAAUCAAAGAGAUAGUAAAGAAGGGAAGAAUUUGAUGAAGAAUUUGGUGAAACAAAGUUUGCAUAAGAAUUUGGAAAUAAUAACUCAAAGAGCGAAUUUAAAUGGAGAGUCCUCAAAAAUUAAGUCGUUCGUUGUCAGCACAAGUUCCAAGAGUUUGCCUUAUUGAAUUCUUUGAAUUUGAUUAAAUUUCGGUAUAAAUUUGGAUUGAAUGUCAGAUAUCACAUGAUUUUAACAAAAACUAUAUUAUGGAACUUCAAACAAAAUUACAAUCUCAUAGUGAUUUCGGAAAUCUUGUUUGAUUCUUUAUGGUGGCUAUGAAGAUUUAAAUAGAUAAAAUUGGAUUUGAAA